CAUGGGCAAAUUUGGCCAGUUGAUAAAUGAGCCCUAGUGUGUUUGCUCAUUGAGGGUUUCCUAAAAAAUGAGCACACCCCACAUACAGUUAUUUUCUUUUUCCUUGUCCUUUAAGAUAUUUUCAUUGGGCCACAAGAAUGAUGGGAGCCACUGUGUGCCUUAUAUUACUGAAGCAGGUUUCAGAGAAUGCAGCAAGAUUCGACAAGUUGCAGCAUUCUUUUCUUUUUCUUCUUAAUUUAUAUUGUAGUCACAGCUUGUUUUUCGGCAUAAGACAUGGAUAAAACCAGCCCCACCCAUAGACAAAGGAUUUAUGGGAAACGUAGUUACUCCAUCACUAAUGUUCUGUCAUAGAUGUUGCAUGUAGACUACUAAUCCCAUAAAUCCCAUAAUUAGGGAGCCCGGAGCAUAUAAGGAGGAGCCUCGCUUCCCAUAUACAGUCCUCAGAGAUUCCGAUAAGGGUACAGUCAUUCCUUCCUACUCCUCAUACAGGAUCCAUACUCAUUGAUACACAAGGAACAUGGAGGUGCGAGUCCUUUGGCUUUUGCUGUGCGCUGUAUCUAUGGCACAAGAAGACAUGGACAAAAAUGUUUUUCUCUUCUCCAAAUCGUCCCAUGCUGAUUAUGUGGUUUUGAAUCCAGAGGUAACAGAGCCUUUACACAAACUCACCAUUUGCUUGAGGAGCUACACAGAUCUCACCGUUGGCCGAGCUCUUUUUAUCGUGGGCAAACCAGAGACACAGAGGCGCAACGUGUUUGUUAUGUUCCAGAACCCAACAGACUUUACCCAAACAUCACCAUACUGUUAUUCCAAUAUCUACAUAAAUGAUACACUGGUAUCCAUUAAAGCAAAGGCAGAUAUUCUAGACUGGAUGCACAGAUGUGUGACCUGGGACUCUAACACUGGAGUUCUACAGCUUUGGGUUAAUGGAAAACUCUCCCCUCGUACUGUACUGCAGAAAGGCUCUUCUAUUGAUCUCCAGGACGGUAUUUACCUGGGUCCGGUGCACAGUAAUCGUGAGAUUCUAUGGAAUCCUCCAAUUCCCUUUGAAGGGGAAAUAAGUGAUGUCCAUAUGUGGAAUGAGGUUUUGCCUCCUGAGACCAUAAGGCGGGUUCUGCUAAAUAAUAGGUAUGUAAACGGUGAUGUCAUUAGCUGGAGGUCUCUGAAUUACACUAUUAAUGGAGAUGUCAUUGUCCAACCCAAACUCCAGUGAAAUUAUGGAAGGUCUCAUUCUUCUAGCCAUUGUUCAUGGAGCUUUGCAUAUUUGUCUAUGAAAACUUGAAAAAGUAGAUCUUGUGUGUGGUUUGUGCAAUAUACACCCUUUUUUUUUUUUGACUGACUGUGAAAGUGGGAUGGUAGGACACUGGCCUUGGGGGUCAACAGAUCUUGUCCCUGCACUGAUUAUUGCUGCUGGACUUGACUCCAUCAUGGCGGCCGGAAAACUACAGGGGCAACAGGAGCAAUGGUUUCUUGUGGACCAAUAAAGCACUUUGAUAUUAGUACCAGACAGUUCUCUAUUAGGCCACUUAGAAACAAACAUCUUGUCAUUUCUCUUUAUACAUUACGAUUAUAUAUAUAGGCACAAAUUACAGGAAGGCCAAGAGUCUAUUACAGAAAGGCCAAGAGUCUAUUACAGAAAGGCCAAGAGUCUAUUACAGGAAGUACAAAAAGGGGGUUGUGGGUAGGGUUGCCACCCGGCCGGUAUUUUAAAAUACCUGCCAAGGCCGGGGCCGGUAUUACAAAUUUACCGCCAAUGUAGCUGCCGGUAAAUAUGUAAUACGAUUAAAAAGAGCCCUCGGCCUGCCCCCAAUCCCCUUGAACUUAGCUUUUCUUUGUGGUUCUUUUAGUGUCCGUGGCGCGUCCCCGCCCCCUUUGACGUCACGCCCCGCCCAUUUUGCCAU